AUGCUGAAUAGCUCAGUGGCCACGGAAAAUCGGCGGAAAAGAGUCCGCAAGGGAACGAAGAGCUGUUGGGAGUGUAAACGGAGAAAGAUCAAGUGUAUUCCCUCUCCAGAUCUCUCUAUUUGCACUGGUUGUCUAGAAAGGAGCACUGCGUGUGUCAGUCAAGAGUAUGUGGAUGAUGAUCCACAACACCAUGUUGAGGACUCGGCGUUGGCUCGCCGUAUAGCAAGAGUAGAGUCAUUACUAGAGACAUUGACAGAUAGGAUUUCUUCGAAUCAAGUUGGAGGUGGCUUGACUCCUUCAUCUAUUCCGGCAACGACAAACGAGUCGCAGCCUCUGUUCGCAUCACUACCUACUGGUUUUGGAGGGCAUGCUGAAGUUGGCCCUGCAACUGGAAAGGUUGAGAUUCUACGUCGACAACUGAUUAAGAUGUUACCUUGUCAAGCCGAUGUAGACUUUUUGUUCGCUUCGAGUCAUGGAUGGUGGCUUAUCCAGCAACAUAUGAUGCCGCAUCUACCGGACCAUAUUGAGAGUGACAGUCAAGGGUUAUUUAAAAUCACCACCGUCUCAACCGGACAUCUGAUGGGUAUCACGAGACUACUUCUCUGUAUUUCAAUCUGCAUUCAACAGCUCUCACCUGGAACCGACAUGCGCCAACUCCAAACUACCGUACCACUUCGAGAAAUGAUGAGUAGUAUUAUUAACUUUCUCGACCAAAACGUCCUUUCUGAUGACGAGGUAACUGGAAGUAUUGAAGGUGUUGAAUGCCUUGCACUUCAGGGAAUAUACGAAGUCAAUGCUGGAAAUCUUCGAAGAUCAUGGCUUGCGUUUCGAAAGGCCAUUACGAUAUCCCAGCUUCUAGGUCUGCACCGAAAGCCGUUCAAGACGUCUCAGGAAACGCUGGAUGUGAUGGAGACAAAACGGCUUCAUUUAUGGUACCAGGUUUCCAGAGGAGAACGCUACCUCUCUACCUUACUCGGCGUACCAUCAGGUACAGUCUCAGCGGCCUUGCCUUUUGACGACAAAGCCACCUGGCUUUCACAGGAGGAUCAUUAUCACAUGCAGUUAUACCAUAUAUCUGGCCUCAUACUUUCUCGCAACCAAGAAGAUUUUACUCAUUCCUUCUCCACCACUCAGCGAAUUGGAGAACUGCUUGAUUCCCUCUCAGAGGAAAUGCCGCCAGCCUGGUGGGAUAUACCUACCAGCAUCCCGACGGACCGCACCAAAAAAUCAUCCAUUGAAUUUGAGCGAGUGAUGUGCCAAAUCUGGCAUUUCGAGCUGGAAACACUGGUGCACCUCCCGUUCAUGCUCCGCGCGGCGACUGACCGACGAUAUGAACAUUCGCACGUCUCUUGCUUGAACGCCAGUCGAAACCUAAUUAAGAGGUGGAUUUCCAUUCGUGAGAGCCAUAUUACUCUCCUUUUUUCCAACCUGCUCGAAUUUGAAGCUUUUACAGCAGCGACCACUCUCCUCCUGGGGCUCCUGGGAGCCCAAAAAAAUACGAACCAGGCUGUCUUACAAGAACGGUACGAGGAUUCUCAGCUUGUAGAGACGGUCAUUCAAAAUUUCGAAAGACUCAAGCAGCAUGGCGCCGGGAUGGCCGUUGAUACUCAGAGCAUUUCAGUGAUUCGCACACUGCAGCAAUUCCUUCACGGAACCCUUUCUGGAAAGCUGCGUCUUGAGAUACCGUUCUUUGGGAUUAUCAAAAUUGCAAGUAGUGGUGCCGUGCAACCACUGGAAGGCGAGAGGGUCCUCGGGGCAAAUGCGUGCCAAACCACUGCUUUCCCAUCCACCAUAUCUUCUUCAUCCAUAACGAGAAUGGAUAGUGCUCCGAGUUUAAUGUCCCAUCGUACAAGACAACCACCCUCGGAAACGGUUGAGAAUGAGGAGAGUAGUUCUAGAGACGAUACUACUAUUUUACAGUUUUCUGGUGCACAUUUUCAACUUCCGGAGGCGCCAGGCAUUCAGAGUAGUGGUCAUGAUACCGGCGAGUGGCUAUUUGAGGAAAGUGAUAGGAUAUUCUUUGACAGUUUGGUUAAUACGGAUUUGGGAGGCGAUUGGGCUUUCUGA